AUGGCCACAGUCACAGCCAGCCAGUGGGGGGACGAGUCUGCAGCCCCGCACUUCAGCAAGUUUGCUCUGCACACCGACAGCGCCACAGGAAAUGAUGAGUGGCGGAAGCAGCCGCCCGCGCUCGUAAACGCCGCCGAUCCGCGCUUCCCCGACAGCGCGGUGGAUCUCUCCGACAUCUGCGGCGACUCGGACUCCGACAGUGUGGCGAACCUCUCCGACAUCUGCGGCUUCAACGACCUCAACUCGCCGCGCUCCGCCGUAUCUUCCCCCAGAAGCGGCCUCGGCAGCGCGCCGACCUCCCAGCCCAACUCCGCGAACAACUCGGGGGCGCUCUCGAUAAUCUCCGAUACCCCUUCUAACACGUCGUCGGGUAAUAGCCGCCCGUCGACUGGCCGCGUGUCACUCGCGCAGCAACUGCUGCAGCAGCAGAUGGGCGGCAACGCGCGAUUCACGUCGGUCAAUUCCGGGAGUAAGAACACCAACGUGGCGUCCGUAGCGGGAAUCAGCGACUACGGCAGCUACACCGGGUCACCCGUGACGCCGCUCAUGCCGAGCUUCAGCUGCGCGUCGUCUGACGCGUCGGGCCAGUCGCCGGCGAAUCGCGCGUGGCGACAAUCGAGCGACCCUCGCGCGGUGUCGCAGCAGACGGCGACGAUGAGGGAAUCGUCGCUUCGCGAGAAACUUCUGCGAGCGAGCAGCGCAGCAGCCUCCGAAACCUCUUCGCAAAGCUCCUGGCACGAGCACCAAUCACAAGCCGCGUCCGCCUAUUCCGCCCGCGAGUCCGCUUCGGCAGCCGACGACUACUAUUGCGAGCCCGAGGAGAACGAGCAGGGCGAGCUCGACUUCUCAGACAUUAAAUCCGUCUGCCUUAACUUCGACGAAGCGCAGCAGCAAUCCGAGGAAAUGGAAUUCCAACGCGCGCGCCUCGAGACCGUCGACAUCAUUCUCGAGGAGAGGGCUUUCCUGGUGGGUGUGGAGGUCAGGCCCUCUGCACCCACUUCCCCCUCACCCCUCCGCCUCUGCCUCCCCUCCUCUCUCCCCCCUCUCUUGUCCCCUCUCGUCUUGUCAGAUUCUCGAGGAGAGAGCUUUUCUGGUGGGAGUCGAGAGGAGUCGCUAGCGGAGCUGUCGCAGCUGGUGGAGACGGCUGGGCUGAAGGUCGUAGGCAGAACGCACCAGAGGGUUGCCUCCCCCAAUCCGCGCACGUACAUUGGAGCAGGCAAGGUGGAGGAGGUGCGAGCAGCGGUGGCAGGCAUGGGCGUGGAGACGGUUGUGUUUGAUGAUGAGCUCAGCGCGGGCCAGCUGCGUAACUUAGAGAAAGAGUUCGGGGGCGAUGUGAGGGUGUGUGAUCGCACGGCACUCAUCAUUGACAUCUUCAGCCAGCGCGCCAACACCAAGGAGGCAACUCUGCAGGUGCAGCUGGCUCAACUCGAAUAUCAACUGCCGCGCCUCACGCGCAUGUGGACGCAUCUGGAGCGGCAGGCAGGAGGCAUGGUGAAGGGCAUGGGGGAGAAACAGAUCGAAGUGGACAAACGAAUCAUCAGAGAGCGGAUGGCAGCUUUGAGACGCAGUCUCACAUCAGUGCGCGAGCACCGGCAGCAGCACAGGGACCGGCGGGCAGGCCUGCCCAUCCCGGUGCUGUCACUGGUGGGAUACACCAAUGCUGGGAAGAGCACUCUGCUCAAUCGCCUCACUGGGGCCGGUGUGUUGGCAGAAGACAAGCUGUUUGCUACACUGGACCCCACUACUCGCCGCACACAGCUACCCAAUGGCAAGGAGUGUCUGUUGACGGACACGGUGGGGUUCAUUCAGAAGCUUCCCACACAGCUGGUGGCAGCGUUCAGAGCCACGCUGGAGGAAAUCACUGAGGCGUCGGUGCUGCUGCAUGUGGUGGACGUCAGCCAUCCAAUGGCGGCGCAACAGGUGGCGGCGGUGCUGCAAGUGCUUGCUGAGCUGGACGUCUCGCACAUCCCCAUGCUCACCGUGCUCAAUAAGGUGGACCAGGUGUCGCCUGAUUGGCUGCAGCAGCAGCAGCGCCAGCUGGAGGCCAUCCUGGACCAGAACCCGGGCGGCAGAGAGAGCAGUGUGGGCGGCAGAGACGGUGGUGGGAGAGAGGGUGGGCGGCACAGGAUGGUGGCGGUGUCUGCAGUGACUGGAGAGGGCAUGGAUGGGCUGUUUCACGAGCUGGAAAAGAUGGUCAACGGCCUGCUGGUGAGCAUAGAUGCCAUCAUCCCGUACCAGGAGGGGCAUCUGCUGGGGCUCGUGUACCAGCUGGGCGCCGUUGAUAGAGAGGAGCACCUCCCUGAAGGCACUUUAUUGUCAGCGCAUGUGCCUCUACGGGUGGCGCAGCUGCUGCUGCCGUACCGCUGGACCGCCGAGGAGUUCAAGACACGAGAUGCUACUGUUGCAUGA